UUGUAGCAAGUCUAAUCAUUCUACAUUUGUCUGGGGCAACCAAAAAAGGAGCAGAAAAGCAAAGUACUUCCGAAGGACAGAAACCAGUGCAGUGUGGAACUUGGACAAAAUAUGCAGAAGGAGGCAUCUUCACUUCUCCCAAUUACCCCAACAAGUAUCCUCCUGACAGAGAGUGCGUCUACAUUAUAGAAGCUGCCCCUAGACAAUGUAUUGAACUACACUUUGAUGAAAAAUAUUCCAUAGAACCUUCUUGGGAGUGUAAAUUUGACCAUAUUGAAGUACGAGAUGGACCUUUUGGCUUUUCCCCAAUCAUUGGACGUUUCUGUGGACAGCAAAAUCCACCUAUGAUAAAAUCCAGUGGCAGAUUCCUGUGGAUUAAAUUUUUUGCUGAUGGUGAGCUGGAAUCUAUUGGGUUUUCUGCUCGGUAUAAUUUUACACCUGAUCCAGAUUUUAAGGACCUUGGUGUCUUGAAACCAUUGCCAGUUUGUGAGUUUGAGAUGGGAGGACCUGAAGGAAUUGUGGAAUCUAUACAAAUUAUCAAAGAAGGAAAAGCUUCUGAAACUGAAGCAGUAGACUGUAAAUGGUACAUCCGAGCACCACCUCGAUCCAAG